GGUCAUCAUCAUGUCUCUGCUGCAGCAGAGGAAGAGUUCAACAGCGAGUGAAGAACACCGUGAGAAAGUCAAGAGACCCCGCGCUCACCAAGGCGCAGCGGACCUGAGGUGGCCAUCUGCGGCGAGGAAGGAGAACCGCUGCCGAGGGAUCCGGGAUCUGUCCCGCCGCCGAGUCCUCUGUCGUCGUCCGGUAGACCCGGGCCGAGGUGUCGCUUCUCCGAGGACUCGCCGUCGUCUCGUCCGCUGAGAUCCACCCGGUGUCUCCCGCAUCAUGGGGAACACAGCGACCGCCAAGAAAGGCAAUGAACUGGAGAGCGUGAAAGAGUUUCUAGCCAAAGCCAAAGAAGAUUUCUUGAGAAAAUGGGAAUCGCCACCACAGAGCACGACUGGUUUAGAGGACUUCGACAGACUGAAGACGCUGGGCACGGGCUCUUUCGGGAGAGUCAUGCUGGUUAAACACAAGGCCACAGAUCACUUCUAUGCCAUGAAGGUUCUGGACAAACAGAAGGUGGUGAAGUUGAAACAAGUGGAGCAUACGCUAAAUGAGAAGAAAAUAUUACAAGCGGUCUCUUUCCCGUUCCUCGUCCAACUGGAAUACGCCUUCAAGGACAACUCUAACUUGUAUAUGGUGAUGGAGUAUGUCCCAGGAGGAGAGAUGUUCUCACAUCUCAGACGGAUCGGGAGGUUCAGUGAACCACAUGCACGGUUUUAUGCUGCACAGAUUGUCCUGACCUUCGAGUACCUCCAUUCUCUUGACCUCAUCUACAGAGACCUGAAGCCUGAAAACCUACUCAUUGACCAGCUUGGAUAUAUACAGGUAACAGACUUUGGUUUUGCAAAAAGAGUAAAAGGCAGAACCUGGACAUUAUGUGGAACUCCAGAGUACUUGGCACCAGAGAUCAUCCUCAGCAAGGGAUACAACAAGGCUGUGGACUGGUGGGCCCUUGGCGUUCUCGUAUAUGAAAUGGCAGCUGGAUAUCCUCCGUUUUUUGCAGACCAGCCUAUUCAGAUCUAUGAGAAGAUAGUGUCUGGAAAGGUACGAUUCCCCUCACACUUCAGUUCUGAUCUGAAAGAUCUGUUGAGGAAUCUGCUGCAGGUGGACCUGACCAAACGCUUCGGCAACCUGAGGAACGGUGUCAGCGAUAUCAAAAACCACAAAUGGUUUGCCACAACGGAUUGGAUAGCCAUCUAUGAGAGAAAGGUGGAGGCGCCCUUCAUCCCAAAGUGCCGAGGUCCUGGAGACACCAGCAACUUUGACGACUACGAAGAGGAAGACAUUCGUGUAUCUGUUACAGAAAAAUGUGCAAAGGAGUUCUCGGAGUUUUAGUUACGGACACAUCAGAGCUAGACAUAUUUGUGCAUAUAUACAUAUAUUUACUUCCGUAUAUAUGUAUAUAUGUGUGUGUGUGUGUGCGUGUGCAUCAAAUAAGGGUAUCUUUGCACUCUAAAGACCUGGGAUGAGCAGAGAGCACAUCACUGUCAGAGUUCUUGUGUACUUCCUUCAUUCCAUCGGGCUUUAGAGUUCAUCUUACCCAUCAUGCACUGGGACAUCGGUUCACUCUCUUCCUGCUCCGCUUAUACUUUGUCAGACGACCUGUUAGACAUUUGUACCUCGUCUGACAGUUUAUUUUUUGAAGGAUGGCAUUUAAAAUACAGACUUUCUAUACAGGAAAACUCAAAAAGGCCAAUUCAGCAUCGUUAAUGUUUUUUGUUGAUGGCGGCGUCAUAGUGUUAUUUGAAAGCUGGCCGUUGCCUAUACCUAUUCGCAUUUCUGGGGUUACACGUGUUUCAUUUUCACCUUUAGACCAAAACAACUGCCACUUUUUUUUUUUUUUUUUUUAUGUGUGC